AGUUGUGAUUAAUUCCAAAAAUAUAAAAAAAAAUCCUUUUAGUAAUUUUAUGGAUUGUGCUAUUAAAUAGUUUGAAGAAGAAACAGCGCGUGUGUUCAAAUAAGCGAGUGUGUCGAGACACCAGGCAUACAUACCAAACGGCAAACGGCAUAAUACGGGAUCAGGAUCUGGGUCUGGUACUGGAACUGGAACUGGUUCACCAGCAUCAACAACAACAACAACAACAACCAGAACAACAACAUCAUCGCGCACACCAUCCAAAUCCAAGCAAGGACUUGUGCAAAGCCUGGGCAAGUAUUGAAUACAACAAUAAUGGAUAUAAUAAACAUUGGACAGAGCGUUAAAAUCAAACGCACCGAUGGACGCAUCCAUGGCGCUGUUGUAUCCAAAUUGAAUCCAUCGGCACGCUGCAUCACCGUUGAAUGGUAUGAGCGCGGCGAGACCAAAGGCAAGGAGGUCGAACUGGAGGCCAUACUCUCGCUCAAUCCGGAGCUGGCAAUGUCCGAUGCCAACGAAAUGCAGCACACAGCACCCGAACCGAAGAAACAGGCAACGGCGCCCAUCAAUCUAUCGCGCAAUCCCACACAGUCUGCCAUUGGCGGUGGCGCUGGCAGCAGCAGCGGCGGAGGAGGCGGCGGCGGCGGCGGUGGUAGCUCAACCGCACGAAUGACCAUGACCGGCACACAGCUGAACAAGAUCAGCGAGACGAACAGUCGCGAUUUGCCGCCACAGUUGGGCAAUAGCCAGAGUGUUGGCAAUAUGACAACCGCCAAUAGCAGCAGCAUCCAGUCAACUGGCGUUGGCGCCACAGCCAGCGGCAUGAUGCGGCCCCGGUAUGCACAUGGCCAGGUCAACAGCAAUGCACAGUCGCGCAUCGCCUCGGCGGUGCCCAGCAACAGCAACAAUAUUAACAACGAGCGUGGCGCUGCCAAUUCGACAGCAACAGGAGCAACAGGAGCAGCAGCAGCAGCGGCAGCCGCAACAAACAAUUCAAAUAAUUCAACAACAACAACAGCUGCCAAUGCUGCCGGCGCACGUCGUUCGCAUGCCCUGAAGGAGGUGGAACGCCUCAAGGAGAAUCGCGAGAAGCGUCGUGCGCGCCAGGCUGAAAUCAAGGAGGAGAAGGUCGCAUUGAUGAACCAGGAUCCAGGCAAUCCCAAUUGGGAGACAGCGCAAAUGAUACGCGAAUAUCAGAAUACCCUCGAAUUUGUGCCGCUGCUCGAUGGGCAAGUGGUCGAUGAUCAUCGGAUAACCGUUUGUGUGCGCAAGCGUCCGCUUAGUCGCAAGGAAUUGAAUCGCAAGGAGAUCGAUGUCAUAUCCGUGCCGCGCAAGGAUAUGCUCAUGGUCCACGAACCGCGCAACAAGGUCGAUCUAACCAAAUUCCUUGAAAAUCACAAAUUUCGCUUCGACUAUGCAUUCAACGAUUCAUGCGACAAUGCCAUGGUAUACAAAUACACAGCAAAGCCGCUGGUAAAAACUAUUUUUGAGGGGGGAAUGGCAACGUGCUUUGCAUAUGGACAAACAGGAUCGGGUAAAACACACACGAUGGGAGGUGAAUUCAAUGGCAAGGUGCAGGAUUGCAAAAAUGGCAUAUACGCCAUGGCCGCCAAGGAUGUCUUUGUCACGCUCAAUGGACCCCGUUAUCGCUCGCUGAACUUGGUCGUUUCGGCUAGUUUCUUUGAAAUAUACAGCGGCAAGGUCUUUGAUUUGCUGGCUGACAAGCAAAAGCUGCGCGUUUUGGAGGACGGAAAGCAACAGGUACAGAUCGUCGGACUAACCGAAAAGGUGGUCGAUAGCGUCGAGGAGGUACUAAAGCUUAUACAACACGGCAAUGCGGCGCGUACAUCUGGCCAAACGUCGGCCAAUUCAAAUUCGUCGCGUUCACAUGCCGUAUUCCAAAUUGUUUUGCGUCCGAUGGGCAGCAGCAAAAUACACGGCAAAUUCUCAUUCAUUGACCUGGCGGGCAAUGAGCGUGGCGUGGACACAUCAUCGGCGGAUCGUCAGACCCGAAUGGAGGGCGCCGAAAUUAAUAAAUCUCUGCUCGCACUCAAGGAGUGCAUUCGUGCGUUGGGCAAACAGUCGUCACAUUUACCAUUUCGUGUCUCAAAGCUGACGCAAGUGCUGCGCGACUCGUUCAUUGGGGAGAAGAGCAAGACAUGCAUGAUUGCCAUGAUAUCGCCCGGUUUGAGCAGUUGCGAGCAUACGUUAAAUACGCUACGCUAUGCGGAUCGCGUUAAGGAGCUCGUUGUCAAGGAUAUUGCCGAAAUUGGACACGGUGAUGGUGAGCCCAUCGAGAUCAUGGACGACGAGGAGGAGGAGGAGCAACAAUUGACAGAGCACGGCGUUGUCGGCCUGCCACAUCAUUCGGCCCAUCAUCAUCAUCAUCAUCAUCAUCAUCAGUCGCUGCAGCGCGGCCACAACAAUAACAACAACAAUAGCAAGAACGGCAAUGCAGCCAACAUGGACUUGGCCAUGCUUAGUUCGCUGAGCGAACACGAAAUGUCGGACGAGCUAAUUGUACAACAUCAGGCUAUCGAUGAUCUGCAACAGACCGAGGAAAUGGUCGUUGAAUUUCAUCGCAGCGUGAACGCAACACUGGAGAAUUUCCUAGCCGACUCGAAGGCCCUAUAUGAUUUAACCAAUUAUGUGGAUUAUGAUCAGGAUGCGUAUUGUAAGCGCGGCGAGACAAUGUUCUCCACGCUCUUAGAUAUUGCCAUACAAUGCCGUGAUAUGAUGGCCGAAUAUCGCACCAAAUUGGCCAAGGAGGAGAUGUUGUCCUGCAACUUUAAGCCAACAAAUAAGCGUUAAACAACAACAACAAUCCCCAACAACAACAACAACAGUAUCAGCAACAACAACAACAACAACAACCCC